UAACAGCACCAAACAAGCAUAUCCGACCUCUUCUAAUUAUACCAAAGUGAUCCAACCUGAUUGUUGUCUGGCGCUGAACCUAUUGGGAAAUAACACUGUCUGAAACUAAUGAGAAGGACGACUGUAUUUUAAUAAGGUGUGUGCUUCUGCGUUCCCCAGCAGGGAUGAGUUACGCCAUGCAGCUGUUGAUUCACCGUGGGGAUUUCUGUCAUGGCCGCACGCUGCUCCCCCUGGGCCUCCGGUCCCUUCUCCGCACGCUGAGUUCUGGUCCCCAUGUGAGCCGCAGCCUUCGGGAGAGCUACCAGCUGCUACAGCUUGAGCUUCCAGAUGUGGGCGAGAGUAGCCCUGCGCAGGUGAAAGAAGCCUACCUACGCAUGGCCAAGCUGUACCAUCCAGACUCGGGCGCUGCUACGGCAGACGAGGCACUGUUUGCGCGGGUAGAGGAGGCAUACCGCGCCGUGCUGGCGCACCAGUCCCGGCUUCAGAGCUGUGGUGGUUCGAUGGAAGAAGAGGAGGAGAAGUUGAAAGGCAUGGCUCCUCAACACCGCCACUACCUGAGCUACGAGGGCGUGGGCUCUGGGACGCCUAGCCAGCGCGAGCGCCAAUACCGUCAAUUCCGAGUGGAUCGGGCGGUGGAGCAGGUCCUCGACUACCGCCAGAAGGAGCAUGAGACGGCGGCUGCAGCCGAGGGGGCGCUGGUGGAGAGGGACGUCCGCCAGCGCAGCCGGCAGAUCAAGGUCACACAGGCAGUGGAGAGGCUGGUGGAAGACCUCAUUCAGGAAUCCAUGUCCCGGGGAGACUUCCGCAACCUGAGUGGCGCCGGGAAGCCCAUCAACAAGUUUGAGCACAACCCUUAUGCCGACCCCAUGACCCACAACCUCAACCGCAUCCUCAUCGACAACGGCUACCAGCCACCCUGGAUUGUCACGCAACGCGACAUCCGAGAGGACAUCGCGCAGAUCCGAGAGAGACUGCUGCAGGGCCAGGCGCGGCUCGCCGACCCCAUGAACCCCAGGGAGCAUGCUCAGUGGCAGCAGUUGUGUGGGGUGGUGGCGGAUGACCUUAUGAAGCUCAAUAAAAUGGUGGAUAACUUCAACCUGAUUGCGCCCAUGCUUACCAUGCAAAUGGUCCACUUCAGUUUGGAGCGUGAGAUCGACCGCGCAGAGAAAGCAGCCUUUCAAGGCAGACAGGAGAGCAAGAGGGAAAGAGUGAGGGAGUGGGAGGAGCAGAGAAGAGAAAGAGAAAGUGAACGGGAGAAGAGAGAGAAGAUUAAAACACAUCAACACUCUUGGCAAGGUGGCCUGCUGGCAUGGAUGCAGAAUUUACUAAAAUGAGCAAUGGACCUUGAAGGAAAAAUUAGAUAAAAAAGGAUAUUUCAAAUCAAACUUUUAUUUCUAAUCCAUUUACACAGGUGUCAACACACUUCGAGAGGAUAAGACAGAGGUGUUGAAUCAUUUGUCUUUUAUGUCAUUUUCAGUGUUUUUGCUACAUUGGGUUGAUUACAGUAGCAUGUUAUAACACACAGAAUAAUACAACAAACCACUACUACAACACGGUUACUUGACCUUACUGUAACUCAACUGUGCUUUACAAUAAUGCUACAUAGUGUCAGUGUCUGGACCUCAGGACACAAUGGUAAUGGUAUCGGACUACAAUAAUCCAUUUAAUGAAAUGCUUUUAAUCUAUGUUUAUAAGCUAAGCAAUUCUAAUUACAUUGAUUUGUUUCUUUGCUGAAUGAAGGAAUGAAUGAAUAGAAUACUCAAUGUUCGUUAUGAAUAAGCAGUUGACUGAAACUGCUCUGAACUCAAAUACGGGGAAACAGAAACCACUGAAGAUUUUUCCGCACACUUCCAGUCAGAUGAAAAUCUCUUUAAAUAGGAGGUAAGCUUUCAGUCAGUCGACUGACCGCUACUAUGAGUGGAAGUGUGCUGUGACUUUUUCCAGUUUUGCAUUUUGCCUCCCACAACUUCACUAAUCGAUAAUGGGUGUGCGGUAGAUUCUGCCUAUGAUUGCAUUACAAUAAAAGAGGUACGUACUGUA